GGCAGAGCUGUGUCCACUGUCUGCCUGAUUCAUCAUGCAACUAAUACGUCUGGAGGCUGCAGUGAUACUUGGAAUUGUACUUCCUCAGAUAUCCAGCAUUGGGAUUUCACCCUCUGAUUGUUUGGCUACUGUAAAAAUCUGCAUGUCAGAUUUAUGCAGGACUCAAAAAGCACUUGAUGACGACAACUGUGCAGAUGAAGGGUGCCAAAUAAAAGCCUCAGAGGUUUGUAACAUGACCAUCCAGGCAAUAUUGGGCCAAUUCCCUUCACUGCGAGGCUGCUUGUGUGCUCAGGAGGAGGAGCGUUGUGACUCUGUACCGGUACUGGCCACACAAUGCCUCCAAAAGCCAGCAACGCAACAGAAGAGAAGCCAGGCACUGGACUGGAAGUCUAGUGGUUUAAUAGGCUACGUACAUGAUGGUUCUGGAUCCUGCUUGGAACAUAUAACUCGCUGUAUUAGUGAUACAGUUUGCAACAAGUACAUGACACCUGUUCUGCAGGUGUGCACGAUACCAUGUGACCAAAACCGCUGCCGGGAAACAACUCAGCAGUUUUACAGGAGGAUGCCGCAAAAUGUUGCAGAUAUGCUGGUCAUGUGUGAGUGUGAGGUGUCUGAUGAAGAGUGUCUGCAAGUCAAAGCUUAUCUGCCCACUGGUACAUGUGGCGCAGAGACCUGGAAGUGUCAGGACACAGUUAAGAGCUGUGUUCAAGACCAGCACUGCAGGAAAUUAUUGAACACUUUCCGAGCCGACUGUUGGCGUGCAGAAGAAGCACAAUGCCCCACUGACCUCCACAUGGAAGACUGUUUCACCUACAUGAAUCCGGCUUCCAUCCUUGGUGGAGAUUCUCGUUGUAAAGCGGCAUUCUUGGCCACUUUGGGCACCGUACUUCAUUAUCCCUGUACUUGUGAAGAAGGAUUCAGUGAUGGUCAGCUGUUGUGCAACAUUGUCCGUGAAGUAUUUCAUAACAGAACACACUUCAUAAAACCCAGGAAGAGCAGCACUGGUCCUUCUAAACCUCCAGAAUUUAAUGAAACAGAGAAAGGUCCCAAAAGUAUAACUGAUUAUCUGUUUUAUGCUGUUGCCUUUCUGCUACUUAUUGGAGCUGUGCCUCUGGCUGUUUUUACUAAAAUAUGGAUAUCAAGGAAAAGAGAAAACACAAAGUUUCACCCCCUUCAGAAAGGCAAUUGUGUUGUUAUUCACUGAGGUUUAUCCACCAUUACGUGUGUCAUGAAACCAGCACUUCUUCGGCCUCCUCCAAGUUAUACCGUGACAUGGUUUUAAUAUUUUGAUUAAAUAUAGCUGAUGAUCUGAAUUGUCCACAGUGGUUGUAAUUAAUUUCACAGACGCUGCACACACACUUCUUGCUGUCAUGACUUUAUAAGAUUGUGAUUUUAACAUGAUGUAUUCUAUGUAUGCCUUCUUGUGUUGCUUUAUUUUUUCAUGGAGGAUAAUCUAUAUGUUAAUAACGUCUUAGAUGGGAAACAAGAUAAAGGACAUUUUUAAUGAAAAACAUAUGGGAUGCAUGUUCUUUGAGGAACCAAAGGUCAUUUAAAAAAAAUAAAAACAUGUUAUUUCAUCUCUCUGGAAUUACAGUACAUCAUCUCUUGUGUAUUGAUCAAACAUCUUCAGGUAAUCUUCAUUUAAUAAUGCCUCAUCAAUAAAUACAAAAAACAGCUUGAUUCUCUCCUAUCUGAUCCUAAAAUUCAUUCUUAAAGACUAGAAUACUUCAUAAUCACUAUAACCCACUGUCUCGACAGUAGCAUGAUUAUUGCUCUUGCUGCACACUUACACUUCAUUAUUAAAGAUAAACAUUGCUUAUGAUUUGUAGACAAAGACAGAUCCAUUUCACUGUCACAUGUGGGAUGUCUGACUCACAAAUUACACCGAAGUUAGUGACUGAAUAAAAUACACCAAAAUGACAAGGAUGUGAUUACUGCCUGCAAGUGUCAGGGGAAACAAAGGUAAGAACAAAAGAUAAAAUAUAAUUAUAUGUUGAAUAUAGAAAUAUUACAGAACAAAAGGAAUUUCAUCAUUUUGACAUUAACUAGAAAGCCCUGUCACUACAACACAAAAGCCAUGGAUCCAAUAAAAGGAAAUGUUCACCUGACACCAUGAUUAAGACUUAAUUGUUUAGCACACUGAGAGACACUCCAACGAACAUUAGUGUUUCCAAAACAGAAAAAAAAGAAAAAAACAUAGAAAGAGUGGAAACAACACAGAACAAAUUGAAACAUGACCUAAUAUCAUGAUAGAAUGUGGGUUAAAUCAUUGUAUAACACAAAACGAAACAAAAAAGAAGUUAAUGCAUUAAUUAAUUUUAGAAGUAUAUUAAUGAAGUGCAGGUGGAAGUCUCAAAACAUGAAGUUGAAUGCAAGGAAAAAAGCAAUGCAAAUUGAAUACAGAAAGAUUAUUCUUAUUCUCAUUAGCAUUAUUAGCAGUGAUAGCUGCUAAUAAUGUUGUGUUCAACUGUACAUACAACAACUGAAAGUGUUCUAUCUGCACUCUUCUCUUUUACUGUAUUUUAAUUGAUUAUUAUUUAUGCUUUAUUGCUUUAAUUGUAAUUGCGUGUUUUUAACUUGUCUCUUUUCCUUUUUUGUAAAGCACUGUGAAUCGCCCUGUGCAUGAAUAGUGCUAUACAAAUAAAUCUGCCUUCCCUUGAUAGAAAAACGUGUCCCUGUUGGGUUCAUAUCAUUUAGCCUUAUGUUUGUGUCCUAAUCUGUUGUGGUCUUUGUUUGUCCUGUAGCGACCUGGUUGUUCUUUAUGCUCUGUACUGUGUAUUGGGUAGAAGCCAUGUAUGCACUACUCAUAA